AGCCAGGUCGUAAGUCGUCGCCAAUACCAGACAUCAGUACAGAUAUAGUUUACCUGAUGUUAACCUCAUGGCCGGCCCUUUGAUGUGCCGAAGUCUAAGAUGUCACGACUCACUGGAAGUUCAAAUGCCCCGCCUCUCGGGUUGUAGUACCUAGGUCAAGACAGCUUGAACAACCAGAGUCUUAUUACCCCUUAAAAGACCUUCCAAAAGAAUUUGUUGGAACAUUUUUAUCAUUCAGCUCCUCAUUAUUAAACAUUUAUGUCGUAAACCAGAAUGGCUACGCGAGCGAGGAUGAAUGUGCAAACCUUCCCGCGGCCACCACUGUUGGAGAAGAUAUCUCGUCAUUUACGAAUCGUGUGGAACGGCUUAGUGAUUGCGGAAACUCGAGAUGCCUAUUGGGUUCUGGAGACACAUCACCCCCCAACGUACUAUCUACCACCAGCGGCUUUGAAGGUACAGCUAACCCCGACCCGUCGAAGCACCUAUUGCGAGUGGAAAGGUGCAGCCACAUAUUAUACAAUUACGGCCCCAGAACCGCCGUCUGGAACAUUGCCUGAGGUGGUCUCUAAUCGAAUCUGGUCUUAUGAAUCACCAACACCCGGGUUCGAGGCGAUCAAGGGCUACCUGUCAUUUUAUGCUGACCCGUGGAAUUGCUUCGUCGACGGUGAGGCAGUUCAGCCACAGCCGGGCGACUUUUACGGAGGAUGGGUGACUUCAGAGAUCGAUGGCAUCGUGAAGGGAGCUCAUGGCAACUGGGACCCUGUGGUAUGAUGUCAAAACAUCAGGAAUAUUGGAGGCGAGGCAGUUGUGCUGGACGGAGACAUUGGCAUCGGGUGCGCUCACUGCCCAGAGUCUUCAGACCGAGGGUGUAAUGACAGGAUCCCCUGCCGGCUGUAACCUCAGUAGCCGACCAUUCGUGUCCAUAAGUCCCAGCUUGCUCGUCAUAUUGUUCCAGCAUAGAAACUGUAACUCCGAAAGAUGCCUACCUUUUGUGUCGGUUGAUUUAUUUCAGGUUUUCAACUCGU